UGACAUUGCUUAAUACUGAACACAAUCAUCAAAUUGAUAUUGAAACUACAAAAUUCGCUACGGCUUACAAAAGUUUUUCUCAGGAAAUUAUGGAACAAAUCAAAUAUUAUGUUAUAUAUGAUCUUGGGAAUGCCAUUCAAAAGAUAAAAAAAGAACAUCGAAUAAACUUAGGUGAUAUGGCAUCUUUAUUAACAAAACUGUUAGAGUUUCAAGCUAAUGAUUCACGGUGGUUUGUAAAGCCAUUAAUCGAUGAUACAAGUAGUCGGUUAAUUGAAGUCUGUGAAAUUCCUUCAUUAACUUUCAUUACAGAUGCGGAUCCUGCUAUGGUUGCCGCUAUUUCUAUUCGUUCUUAUUGUGAAGAUGUAUUUGAGAAAAGAAUUGAAGAGUUAUUUGAAAAAUAUAGACCAGGAGAAAGAUAUAUAACAAUGUUGUUAGAUCAGAAACAUAUGUGGGUAAAAUGUUUUACAUCUCGAUGUUUCACAGCAGGAACACAAUCUACUCAACAUGUAGAAUCAGAAAAUGCAUUAAUUCAAAAAGUUAUACAAUCAAGUUAUUCUCUCUUGAAAGUUCAGGAAGCUUUAGAAAAUCGACUUGAAUUUGAGUCGAUUAAUAAUCGUUACUCAAUUUGA